AUGUCCGGAUCUCCGUGGGCAUCAUGGGCCCUUGGAUCGAAUGUUGUGAAAAGUUCUUUGGAUCUAGCAAAGGUUCUGAAUUGUGACAGGAAUAUCCGAGGCUGUCUGAGCAAGAAAUCUCCCGAUGAAAUCUAUGAUGCUAUUCAAAAGGUGCGUUCAUACGGUAUUGGAGCAACGGACUCGCUGGUGCCUUUAGAUCACAAUGCGCGGAAACAUCUGCAAGACUAUUAUUGGUUCUUCAUAAGCGGUGGCCGCGCCGCGGAUAUGUCCGCUUGGUUACUGUGUCAUCCAUAUGAUCUAACUUUCACUGCUCCUCGUAAAACGGCUAUGAUCGGUCUGACAAACAAAGAAGCUGCUUUGUUUACUAUAAUGGGAGUGGCACCGUUCAUGCAGAAAUUUAGUGUCAAUCCGACAACCUACACAGAUUGGAAUAGAGAAAAGUUGAUCAACAAGCUUAAGAAACUCGUAGAGUUAGAUUAUUCUGGAACCGAUAUGCAAAAUAUUAUUGAUGAAAUCAUAGCUUAUUAUGUCGAUCGAGGAGAAGAAAGGAAUUAUGAAUUUUAUAUUGACCGCUAUACUCAAUUCAUUAGUGAUACACUGUUCACGGUUUCACUUGUUGAUGGUGCUAUCACUCGUCGCAAUACCGGUUGGGACAUUUAUGCAUACGUCCUUGACCAUCAUAAUGAAGCUGUAUGGAACGACAGAGUGCCUAAGAGGUUAAGAGGAGCAGCACAUGCGAGUGAGUUCCCAUACAUAAAUGGCGUGUAUCUUUUGGGAGAAUUUAAGUUUGACGAGAACGACCAGGUGAUUGCCGAUAUUUUCCAGCAAUCAAUAAUUGAAUUUGUCAAAAACGGGGCUCCUAAGAAUCAGCAUGUAGUUUGGCAGGACGCUGGAAAGGACACUAAACUUCGCUACUUAAGGAUAGCCCCAAAUCCCGAAAUGAAGUCAGGAUUCAAUAACGAAACUGUCGACUUCUGGCAUAAACUUCGCAAAUAUGCUUUUGACCUUAUUGAAAUGAUGCCUACAAAGGAUUCUAAUACG